CCUCACCAAUAGCUUGAGACCCCUUUUCUCAAGUAUUAGUUUUGCUGAAAUCAUGGAAUAUUGACGAGGCGUCGAUGACAUGUAGGCGUCGCUCAAUAUUCCAUAGGCGUUCGAUUUCUCUGUGGGAGAAUGUGAUGUUGGCUUGUUUAGAUGACAGUAGGACCGAGAUCGACCUGACAUCGACCGAUAAAGGCUCAUAAUGCUUUGGCAUACAUUUGCAGCCUAACAUAACCCUGACUUGUCAGCGAAGUGUUUGUGAUGGGAGACGAAAUUCAAAAACGCUCUCAAAAGCACACUGUACAAAUCCUUCGAGUCGAUCGGCGUGAAUACAAGAGUUCUGAAAUGCUAAUCGAUGUGACAGCGACUUGAGGAGAGCCGAUGGUGAUGGUGGUGGCGCAACGAAUGAGCUGAGCGUUCUUUGCUUUUUAGCUCGAUCGCUCUGUCUCUUUCAAUAUUUACUUUUUCCCAACUGAAUGGUACUCAUAUAAUAAGGUAUGAAUGGAUACUACGACUCUAAAAAGUCGAAUUCUCCAUACAAUCGUCUCUUUCCGCUGCUUUUUCUAGUAUAAUUUAAUUCGUCUGGUUUUCGCUUGUCGUAUCGCAGUUCUAGAGCGUGUUGUUGCAAAAACGAUGGAUGACCUCAGAUCAACCGUAAUCUGCCUCAAUAUUGUCGCGAUCUUUCUCACCAUACUGGCAACAUGCUCGAGAGUGGGUCGUAGAGUCUUCAUUGUGCAUUCGUUCAGUUGGCAUGACGUAUUCAUCACAGCUGCCGCAGUUAACGCCCUGACAACUUCAAUGUUACAAAUGUACGGUACAGGAUAUGGACUUGGGCAACACAUGAAAUAUGUUGAGCCUGAAACGCUGCCGAAGCUACUCAAGAUCAUAUACUCAGCGACUAUGCCAUAUUACAUCUGCAACUGGGCUGUAAAGCACGCACUCCUCCUCUUCUACGCGGAGAUUUCUUUCGAGCCAUCUCAUCGCAUUUUGAUGUAUAUCAUGCAUUUCGUUGCCUUCGGUUUCGGGCUGUCGUCAAUCCUCGUGACGGUAUUCCAAUGCACGCCGGUUAAUAAAGCGUGGUAUCUUACGCUCGAUGGCACGUGCAUUGAUUUUAUCCUCUUCUCGUACUGGAACUCCAGCAUCAUGCUCGUCACCGACCUGGUCCUAUACCUCAUGCCGGUAAUCUUCACAUGGAACCUGCAGCUACGGCGCGCGCAGAGGCUAGGCCUGAACGCCAUGUUUGGGAUGGGGAUAUUAGUACUUGGAGCAAGUGCUAUGCGACUUCACACGGUGCAUAUGUUCGCACAAGAUGCAGACUUCUCAUAUCGUUUUGCCAAUGCUAUGAUCUGGGCUAUGGUGGAGAACCAUCUUGCCAUCAUAGUAGCAUGUGCUCCUAGUAUAAAGUCAAUUGUUAUGCUGGUAUUCCCGAAGAUCGCGUCCUCGUUGAGGAGGACGAUGACUAGACUCACCACCACUUCCAAGGGCACCAAUUCGGUCUCCGUCAGGGAGAUGGUCAACGUGGAUAUCGAGCUUGGGGAUGGCGAUAAAGGCAGAACGGAUACAGUGGGAUUGAUCAAGUAA